CUGCACAGAGCGUUUGGUAACAACCUCAAGGCACACAAUCAUUUUUCAAGCAGCAAAGCAGGUAUUAGCUCUCAUAUGGACUUCGCCGCCCAGUCCAGCUAGAGAAGAGAAAGGCAUGGCGUCGGCAGGCCAACCGGAUUGCCGAGUGGAACGAUCUCAACAAGAAAUCUCGGUGAUCGCAGCUAGAGACUGUGCCUUGAUUUCGACCCAUACGCACUCACUCACUCACUUACUCGCUCACUCACUCACUUGAGGUUUCAUUAUUGUCUUGCUAGAUUCUCAUUCAUAUUGGUCGACUAAUCGAGCCCUCGCCGUGUCUUCACUCCUUUACUUUCCCAACGACGGGUUUAAAUCGACCUGCACGAGCUGCGUGAAAUUCCCUAUCCACCUUCGACCCUUCGCGAACCCUAAGCUUCCACCAUGGACUUUUUCAAGAAAGCGGUACCUUCUCCUCCAGCGGAGCCGGUCCAUGUGUUGCAACCCAUCCACCCCUUCUAUCCGGUCGGAGUCGAGAUCGCGAAUUUCAUCGCCAAUGACAAGACGGUCUCUCAACUGCUUUCUGCCUUUGCGGUCGGCUGUGCUGCUGUUCUCGGAGCUACGUGGCUGCUCACAGGGAGAUUGGCACCACGUCUGAAAGCUACGGACAAGGCGAUAGUGCUGUGGUUUUGCUUGUCUGGAACAAUACAUCUCUUCUUUGAAGGAUACUUCUGCUACAACCAUACUCGGAUGGGAGGAGCCCAGGACCUCUUCGGGCAGCUUUGGAAGGAAUACGCGCUGUCCGACUCAAGAUACCUGACCUCUGACCCCUUUGUGCUCUGCAUGGAAACCAUCACAGCCAUUUGCUGGGGUCCUCUUUCCUUCCUGAUGAUCUACUUCAUCAUCACUUCCCACCCGCUGCGCUAUCCUCUUCAAGCGGUCGUCUCAUUGGGUCAGGUAUACGGCGACGUGCUCUACUACGCUACAAGCUUGUUCGAUCACUACUACAAGGAACUGACAUAUUGUCGACCGGAGGCAUAUUAUUUUUGGUUCUACUUUUUCUUCAUGAACUUUAUCUGGAUUGUCAUUCCUGGAUGCCUACUAGCAGAUAGCAUAAUGACCACAACCAGAGCGUUCAAGGCGUUGGAUCGAAUUUCACACUCAUUACAAGGCAACGGCGCAGUCAAGAAGCCCAGAGAGAAUGGACACGUCAAGCGUGCAUAAUUGGGUACACAGGACUGGAAGAUGGUCCAAUAGAGGAUGAUGAUAGAAUGCAAAGAGUGGCUACAUGCGGUCCUGGAAAUGCAUGCUCAGCCCAAAAGAAAUACGACUCCUGUGCGAGAAUCAUAGAAUUUUGUUUCUGUAGACGCCAGACAAGUGCAUCAAUGUACGGUGAUGAUCUCACACAUGGCAUUUGAGAUAGCCAUUUACCGAAAAGAAAUCUUGACCAAUUGAGA